CAAUUGCAUGCCAUGCCACUUGUUGCUACAUAUACUAUCCCCUCCUUAUUAUCCAAAUGCAAACAACACAACACACACCUUCGCCCCUUUCAUUUAUAAAUCCCAAUAAUCUCACUCAAUUACAAACAACAACUCUGCACUAGGAAACUUUACCUUCAUUUGAUUCUUUUUUAUUUUUUACUUCAUCAAAGAAAAUGCAAGAAAGAGAACCAAGUUCUGAGGGCUCCAAAAUCUGCAUUGAACCAAAAAAGGUUCAAACAACUGGGCUGAAAGUUCCAGUAAUAUACUACCUUUCCCGAAAUGGCCAGCUUGAGCAUCCUCAUCUCAUGGAGGUUUCAAUCUCUUCUCCACAGGGAGUACUUUGUCUCAAAGAUGUGAUAGAUAGAUUGAGUUUUCUACGAGGACAAGGAAUGGCCAACAUGUAUUCUUGGUCAACUAAAAGGAAUUACAAAAACGGGUUUGUGUGGCAAGAUUUGUCGGAGAAUGAUUUCAUUUACCCAAGUAGUGGCUAUGAGUAUGUCCUGAAAGGAACACAAACAAUGGAAGCUUCAGCUUCUUUGAGCUUUCGAUCCUGUGAGACAAUAUCAACAUCAGGCUCCAAGGAUUCCACCGAAGCCAACAAUUGUAGCACGUGUGAGGAGUCCCCUGCCACCAUGAAGGGGAGAAGGAGCCAAUCAUUGAACUCGAGUGAUUACAAGCUUUACAAGGCUAAGACAUGCGAGGAGUUUGCUUGGAAAGGUACUAAUGCGUGGACUCAGACUGAGGAGAAGCGUAGGGAAAGGAAAGUUGAAGAGUGUGAAGGAAAUGAUGCAAUAAGGAAUAAGGAAGGGUCUUUCCGGUUUUCUAGUUCUAGUUUUGGAGCGUUGGAAGGGUCUUUGGAGGGUUAUGGAUCAGCAGAUAUCAGAAGCCAGAGGGUAGAGAAUGAACGUCCAAGUGGGAGGAUGAGGAUCAAGGCUUCAGAAGUUCUCUUGCAGUUCAUCAGGUGUGGAUGAUCUUAAAGGUUCAUACAUAUUGUGAUUUGUGAGUACGAAAGAAAAACUAUAAAUCACUCAAAUUAAAUAGGUAUCAUUAUGGAUUAUGCAGCUUUUAGUUGAGUUAGAAAUGGAACAAUAAAUUGAGUGAUUUGUGUCCUUUUGAUCUACUUAACAUGAAAUGAAUUAUUGCUCCUUGUAUGUUAUGCAUGAUCAUUUGUAUGGAGCAAAACUAUUUUCCUUGUUCUAUUUGGUUGAACUCAAUACCCCAAUGGAAAUGUUAGCUUACACAAGUUUAAUAAUCCAAACAAGUUAUUUCA